AUGGUUAAGGCCAAGUUUAAGAGGGUCAACUACACCGAUUUGCCCAAAAGAGUCCUGCUCCGGGUAAGGGGACUGAUGCAGCCGCUAAAUAAGCCGGACCUUCUACUGCCACUCAAGGGGACCAAGAAGGCUAUUGAGACUUCCCUCACUGCGAAGAAGGCUGGAAAACGCGUGGCAGACCCUCCUGUUGAGACCGCAAAAAAGGUUUCUGAGGAGGUCGGGAAGAAGAGGCCUACGGAGUCCGCUAUUGAGGGGUCGAAAAAGAAGCAGCGCAUCGUGGAAUCGACGCAGAAGACCGCGGCUGAAGAGGUCGCUGCUAUGGGUUCCGAAGGGAAUCCGUCGACCUACGAUCUUUCGUUCAACUUUAAGUCAAAAAUAUCAUAUUGCGACUAUUCCGCAGGCCUGCGCCGAGCUAUGCUCCAUGAUCCCGUGUAG